AUAUCCGCGGUCGAUAUCGGAGGAAUUACCGAUUGUCACUUGUCACCUUUUGGGAAGCAAAAUGGCAUCCAUUCUAAAAUUGUCCCAGUCUUUAACAAAAUUGUCCAGAAAUCCCAAUGUGGGCAAGGUCGUGAAAAAUGUCAGAAAAGCAUCCAGCGCAACCGCUGAGCAACAGGAAAUUACUUUAAAUGUGCCGCCGACUAAAGUAACCACUUUAAAAAAUGGCAUAAGAGUUGCUACGGAAGAUUGGGGCUCUCAAACUGCGACGGUGGGCAUCUGGAUCGAUGCCGGCAGUCGUUACGAGAAUGCGAAAAAUAACGGUGUCGCUCAUUUCAUGGAGCAUAUGGCUUUCAAGGGUACAGACAAGCGAACCCAAAGUCAAAUAGAAAUCGAAAUCGAAGAUAUGGGAGCCCAACUGAACGCCUACACCAGCAGAGAACAAACCGUUUACUAUUCAAAGUGUCUGGCCAAAGAUGUACCGAAAGCGAUUGAAAUUUUGGGAGAUAUCGUCCAAAACGCCAAGCUAGGCGAAGCUGAGAUUGAACGCGAACGGGGUGUUAUUUUAAGGGAAAUGCAGGAGGUCGAAUCUAACCUCCAAGAGGUCGUGUUCGAUCAUUUGCAUGCGGUGGCGUACCAGGGCACUCCCUUGGCCAAUACAAUAUUGGGCCCCACCGCUAAUAUUAGGUCCAUCAAUGCUAAAGAUUUGCGCAACUAUUUGGAUAAUCACUAUAAAGCGAGUCGCAUCGUAGUGGCCGGUGCGGGUGGCGUCGCCCACGAAGACUUGGUUAAGCUCGUAGAGACUAAUUUAAACAAAUUAAACAAUAAUUAUACCGAAGAUAUUCCCGUAUUAUCUCCUUGUCGGUUUACUGGAGCCGAAAUCAGAGUAAGGGACGACUCUCUUCCUUUGGCCCACAUUGCUUUGGCCGUGGAAGGAGCCGGGUGGACUGAUCCAGACACCUUGACCUUGAUGGUUGCGUCCACUCUAUUAGGGGCUUGGGACAGGUCCCAAGCCUCCGCCAAACAAAACGCCACCAAUUUGGCCCGGGUUAGCGGUGAGAGUGACUUGUGCCACUCUUUUCAAAGCUUCAAUACCUGUUACAAGGACACCGCUUUGUGGGGCAUCUAUUUUAUUUCGGAUCCGUUGACGAUCGAAGACAUGGUCUACAACAUUCAGUCCGAGUUUAUGAGGUUAUGUACGAGCGUCACCGAGGGCGAGGUGGAACGCGCCAAAGCCCUGCUAACUGCUAAUACGUUGUUGCAACUGGACACGUCUACCGCCGUCUGUGAGGAUAUCGGACGUCAGCUGUUAUGUUACGGUAGGCGAUUGCCUCCCCACGAAUUUAUACACCGCAUCAACAGCAUCACCGCCCGAAACGUAAGGGACGUAUGCUACAAGUAUAUAUAUGACAGAUGCCCAGCGAUCGCUGCCGUAGGACCGGUGGAACAACUGCCCGAUUACAACAGGAUCCGUUCUUCGAUGUACUGGCUGCGCGUCUAAUUUAAAUAAUUUAAAUAAUUUUUGUUUAUAAUUAUUACACCUUAACUUGUCAUCACUCCUAGCUGAAGUCACUUUUGGAUUCAUUAAACGAAGUGUCAAAAAUAAAUGAUAAGUCUGUAAAUAGCUGUAUGUUGAUUUUUCUGAA